CCGUCUUCUCUCUCCUCUGCAACAGACAAAAAUCACAAAUCUCUCUCUCUCUCUCUCUCUCUCUAACAAUUAGGACAAAGGGUUUUGUAAUUUCCAAAUCAGUCAACAAUGGUUGAGCGUGGGAAGAGGACUCAUAAUCGUUUUAGAGACAAUAACAAUGACAACAACAGGAAUCAAAAGAGAAGACUUUCUUACGAAACCGAAGAAAAGACCGAUAACAAAGACGAUCUUGUUGUUGUUUACAGAAUCUUAUGCCCUAGUGGAGUCAUGGGAAGUGUUAUAGGCAAAAGUGGCAAAGUUAUUAACUUGAUUAGGCAAGAAACUAGAGCUAGAAUCAAAGUUGUUGAUCCUUUUCCAGGUUGUAGCGAAAGAGUCAUAACGAUCUUUUGCUCGGUUACUGAGAAGAAAGACAUUGUCGACAUUGAGAAUAGCGAAUUGAAUUACUCAAUUCCUUUGUGUUCUGCUCAAGAGGCUCUUCUUAAAGUCCAUGAUGCUAUUGUGGCUUCUUUAGCUACUGCUGCUGAGAACACUAAGAUUGAUAGAGAUGAUAUUAGAGAAUGUCGCCUUUUAGUUCCGUCUAGUCAAUGUUCUAAUGUCAUUGGUAAAUCCGGUUCGAUUAUUAAGAAGAUUAGAAGUAGAACUAGAGCUAACGUUAAGGUUGUCUCUAAAGAUGUUUCGGAUCCUUCACACACUUGUGCUAUGGAUUUUGACAACAUUGUUUUGAUAUCCGGUGAGACUGAAUCUGUGAAGAAGGCACUUUUCGCUGUUUCUGCAAUCAUGUACAAAGUCAGUCCUCGAGAACAGAUUCCUCUGGAUACAACUGUCCAAGAAGUUCCCGCUAGUAUUAUAAUUCCGUCAGAUCUAUCUAUCUAUCCACAAGGCAGUUUAUACCAAAAUCAGGAUCCUAUUUUUCAACAUGGGGCCAAUGUUUCAUCGUUUAUCGGUACACUACCUCAGGGUUACGGAGAAAACGCUGCAAAUCCAAUGCCGGUUUUUUCUACUUCUGCUCUUCCUGUGGUUCAUGGUUUUGGUGGGUCUUCCAGAUCAGAAAAGUUGGUUAUAAAAGUUAUUUGCUCUUCUUCCAAAAUCGGCCGUGUUAUCGGGAAAGGAGGAUCAACCAUUAAGGGAAUAAGACAAGCAAGCGGGUCUCAUAUCGAGGUUAAUGACUCGAGGGCAAAUCAUGAUGAUGACUGUGUUAUCACUGUCACUGCUACAGAGUCUCCUGAUGAUUUGAAGUCUAUGGCGGUUGAAGCUGUUCUUCUACUUCAAGAGAAAAUUAAUGAUGAAGACGAGGAAAAAGUUAAAAUGCAACUUCUUGUACCUUCUAAGGUAAUAGGAUGCAUUAUAGGGAAAAGUGGCUCAAUCAUAAGUGAAAUCAGGAAAAGGACAAAGGCCAAUAUUCACAUCUCAAAAGGGAAUAAUAAGCCUAAGUGUGCCGAUCCCAAUGAUGAGCUCGUUGAGAUAUCGGGUGAAGUAAGCGAUGUGAGAGAUGCUCUUAUUCAGAUAGUUCUGAGGCUUCGAGAUGAUGUAUUAAGGGAUAGAGAGAUUGGUUCCAGGAAUCAACCUCCUGCAAGAUCUGACAAUAACAAUUUCUUCUCUUCGGGUAGUAGUAAUACUGGUCUUGCACUUCCUUCAUCUUUCAUGUCUUCUGUUCCGCAAGUUGCUUCUGUAGAUUUUGAUAGGAGACCAGAAACUGGGAGCAGCAUGAGCAUGCUUCCUUCGAGCGGUGGACUCUAUGGUUAUGGAAGUUUUCCGGUGGGCAAUAACAGUUAUGGAUCCAAGUCUUCUUACUCAUCCAAUCUAUAUGGAGGAUUGCCUCAAUCUACUACUAUGGAGGUUCGAAUCCCCGCAAAUGCAGUGGGUAAAGUUAUGGGCAGAGGAGGAGGCAACUUGGAUAACAUAAGAAGGAUAUCAGGAGCUAUGAUAGAAAUUUCUGAUUCCAAAAAUUCCCAUGGCGGUCGCAUUGCUCUCAUUUCUGGAACACCUGAACAGAAGCGUACCGCAGAGAACUUGUUCCAAGCUUUUAUCAUGUCCACUUGAAUAGUUUGCUCUGCCCCGUAAUCAUUUUCCAUGGAAGUGUGUUCGAUCUAUCUAGCUCUCAGUGGAUUUCUUUGAUCGGGUUUCUCAGGCUUUCCUCCUUCCAUCAAGCUCAUGUUUAGAUAUGGUUGCAUAUCUCAUCAAACUUUUCGGUAUCUCCAUCUCGAUUCGGUUACUUUUGGUUUCUCGUGCUAGACAUUUAUAGUCUUUCAGGAUCAUUCUUUUUCCCUUUCCCUGCGAGCUGUUCGUACAAUAACUACUUAUCUCCGUGCAAUAAAACAAAAUCGUUCUU